AUAAUCACAUAACAAAACUUCAAAAACAUUUGAAUUGGGCCCCAACAUUUGAAUCUUGCGAGAUUUACCCCCAAACUUCGUCUCUUUCUCUCUCACUCUCUUCGCCAUUAAAAGCUGCUCCAUAAACCCUAAAAACCUCCAGCCGCCGCCACUUUCGUUUUCUUCCAGAAAAAAAUGGCGAAGAAGAAGGCUUCGUCUCGCAACUCCAACGGAGCUUCCAACGAGCAGCAGCAGUCGCAUAGCCAGGCGGCGGCUUCUUACCAGAAGCCCGCCGCCGCGGAGCUCAGCCGCCAGUUCUCGAUGGAGGACCACGACUCGUCGGAGGAGAAGUUCCAGAACCUGAAGUCGCUCAACGCGAUUCUCCUCAAGCAGGCCGUGGAGAAGAGGCAGCAGAUCGAGACUCUCUCCCACGCGAAGGAAUCGCUUGAGGCCGAGUUGACUCGCUCCGGCGCGGAGAGGACUCGGCUGAGGGAGGAGUUGCUUAGCUCGGGGGACGAGAGUUUCGUGGUGAGGCUGGAGAUGGAUUUGUUUGUUGGGAUUGUGGAGAGUCGGUUAAGGGAGAUUGUGGAUGGGUUGGUUAGGGAGAAGAGUGAGUGUGAGUGUGAGGUUAGGGGUUUGAGAAGAGAGGUGGGUGAGUUAGAGAAAGAGAGAGAUGAGUUAGCUAGGGGGGAUUUGAUUAAGAGUGAGGAGGUGAAUAGGUUGAAGGAGAGUGUUGUUAGGCUUGAGAUGAAAGAAACGGUUUUGGGAGAGGAAGUUGUUAGCUUGAAGUCUGAGAACGGUAGAAUGGUGAAGGAGAGGGGGGAGAGAGAGGAGUUGAUUGAAAGGGUUAGCAAGGAGAGGAAGGCCUUGGAGAAGAGACUUGAGGUGAAGGUUAGGGAGAUUGAUGAGCUGAAGAGAGAAAUGAAAGGGCUGUUCAUGGAGAAGAAGGAGGUGGAGAUGGUUAAUUGUGAUCAGAAGGAAAAGAUCGUGAAGUUAGAGAAAAAGGUGGAGAAUUUGACAAGGGAAGAGAAAGGUUUACGUGAUCAGGUUAUUGGGUUGGAGAAGAGUCUUGAUGAGGUUAAGGAGGAAGCAAAAGCUAGGGAGGAGAGCGUCAUUGCCUCCGAGAAGGAGAAACUUGCCGAACAAUAUGCUCUCGAGAAGGUUGAUCUUUUGGAGCAUAUUAGUAAGCGGGAAGCUGAGUUCGAUGAGAUGAAUAAAGUAGCGGAUGAGCAAAAGCACGUUGUGGUGCAGCUGCGGAAUGAUUAUAAUGAUCAAAUCAAGGCUAGCGAGAAGCUUAGCUGCGACGUUAGCCAGCUUAAGGAUGCUCUGGCCCUGGUGGAGGUCGAGAGAGACAACGCUGGGAAGGCUCUUGAUGAGGAGAAGAAGAGUCGGGUGGCUCUUAAGGAAAAGGUUGCAGAGCUAGAGAAAACGAUUCAAGCUUCUGGUAAAGAGCUUGAGAAGAUCAAGGCUGAGCGAGGGAGAUUGAUUAAAGAGAAGAAGGAAUUGGAGAAUCGUUCUGAGGCGUUGAGAAAGGAGAAGGGUGUCCUCCAAAAGGAUCUUGUGGAGCUCAAGAAAGCUAUGGGUGUGUUGAAAACAGAACUGGAAUCUGCUGGUACCAAUGCAAAACGUGGUCUAACAAUGCUAAAGACCGUGUCUUCUCUAGUGUGUGGACAAGACAACAAAAAAGGCGAGCAGAAGCGAGGAGAGAAGGGAGUGGAUUCGUACUCGGUGGAGGUAGAAGCGAUCAAGAAAGCUUUCAAGAACAAAGAAAGCAUGGUUGAGGAGAUGAAGAAAGAGAUAGAGACGAUGAAGCAUUCAGUGAAAGACGCACAUGACAAGAAGAGCUUUUGGACACUUGUGUCAUCUAUUACUACUCUCUUCAUGGCUGCUUCUGUUGCCUAUGCCGCUGCGAUUAAGUGAAAAGCUUGAAGAUGGUACUGCCGUUUUUAACUCUCAGACAACAUUAUCGCAUUCGAGUUUUCUAUUUUUCGAUGUUUAACUUCUAAACCUUUCUAUGUAGUUGGUUUGAUCAACUAUAUGAUGUAAACCUUUUCCCUUUCAUACCUGUGAUUCUGCUACUAUUCUCUGAGAACAUGUAGCUGAUCUUCAGAAGUAAUAAACUUGUUUGUUUCUUAUCUCA